GGGAUUGAGAGGUUGCAACGACGAGAAAUGAUACGCGAAGAGGUUAGAAAUGCGUUGAAACCGUUUUAUAGACAUGGAGAAUUAUCAAAAGAAAAUUAUAAAUAUAUUUAUGGUCGUGCCGUGGAGAAGGUUGGUAUGGAGGAUAUAGCAGCGAUAUCUUAUUUGGGUUCAUGGUUGUGUGUGAAUUUGUCGUAAUAUUAAAUUUUAAAGCCAGCAUGCCCAUUAUACACAAAAUUAACCUAACUUUCCUCUGGUCAAAAAAAGGUCAAACAUCCGACUUUGUCCGACCAAAUGCCAAAUUGAUCCUGCGAGCUCCAUAUAUAUCUGGAGCGAGGACUUGAAUCCAAAACGUGGAGCCAAAGAUGGAACUUUUUGGAAGUAGUAUGCCAAAAUUUCGUAUUUUGACUUCGAUUUAAAGAGUAACACUAUGGUUUUAUGGAGUGAGAUCAGUUAGAAAAACUGGAAAUUGCUGGGGAGAAUGUAGCCUACGGUGUAGACAGAACUGUUUACAAACUGCAUAGCUAUAUAUUGGACAUCAAUUUCGCCAUCUUGGUUUCACUUUUCUUACAGACCAAAUGACUGAAGUCCUCACUCCAGAUAUAUAAAGUUUCUGACCAAAUUUCAUUGUGGUCCAAUAUUUGAAUGUUAUUUCAGGUUCUAUGGAUUGGUCUAUCGUGAUCAGUUUUGUACAAACUGUUCUUACGUACACGCUCAAUAAGUGCCAUCGUUUGACUAGUGGUACAACAGGAUGAAGCCUAUAUAAGCUCUCGGAAAAUAUAUCUGCAGUUUUGUUAUAGUCAGACUGAAAGCACUUUUUCACAUCCGACUUCUACAUCACCACAAACUGGAAUGACCAAGUCCCCCCCAACACACACACACACACACCCUGGCAGUGAAGGUUCAUUUUUUAUCUAAUAUAAUAUUACAUGUAAGCAAAACGGGAAGGAUAACAUAUAGUUCAGUUUGUUUUGUCUAUCUAGAUAGGUUAAAUGAGAAAUACAAGGAAUCAAUCCUCAGUGGCUGAAAACCACGACAACACGUGCAGGGGCCAAUCGUGUAAAAAUGUAGUUAAAGUUAACUACAGUUAGUGUAAAUUUAAUCAAUAAAAAUCGCAUAUAUUCGACUACAAAAUAGUCUUUCCACUCACGAAUUUCAAGAAAAGGCCCUGGUUAAUACCUGGAAUAAUUUAUUACUUUCUAGAUCAGCAAAUCAUCUCUUCCUGUGGUGUCGCGUGAUGUUGCCAGCUUAGUCGGAAAUUACGUAAAGAAACUCAAAGGACGUCAAAUACACCCUGCCAAAAGUGACGUUUGA